AUGCAUUGCUAUAAAGAAUAUCAUCGUACUCACAAAGAUUUUUCUUCGAUCGCUAUUGAUGCCACGGGGAAAUUUGUCCGUAAAAUUGUCUUUCCUGAUGGUGAAAAAAGUCAGUAUAUAUUUCUUUACCAAAUUAUAAUAAAUUUUGAUAAAAAUUCACAAUCUGUGUGGCAGAUGUUAUCAGCAGCUCACGAUGCGGAAACUAUUCGACUAUGGUUAGUUAAAUGGGUUAGUUUGGGAGCUAGACAUCCACGUGAAGCAGUCUCGGACGGAUCACGUGUACAAUUAAAUGCUAUGUCCAGUGCAUUUAAUUUAACGCCUUUAAAAACAUACAUCGCAAUAUGUUUUAAAAAUUUACACAGACAUAAAAAAACUCCAAUUAAUACCUAUAUUAGAUUGGAUGCCGCUCAUUUUGUCCACUCAAUUACUGGUUGGAAGUACUUCAAGUCCGUAUUACAUCCAUCAAUAAAACAAUUUUACAUUCGGUGUAUAUGUCUUUUAAUUGACUGUACAAAUUUAGAUGAUUUUCAGCGCAUCUUAUUAUUAAUUUUAGUAAUUUGCAAUGUUGCACACGAAGACAGUACUAUUGACAUCGAAGGUGAAAUGAUAUCUCCUCUUGGAGCUAAUCACAACCCGGCUCCUUGGACUUCAACACAAUCUGUCUUCUCGCAGGAAACCUCUCCUCAUCUCUCCGACACGGCACCAUCGAAAGUUAACUUCUCCCCCCCAAAAAACGGAAAUUGA